AACUUUUUACCUACCUUCCUGCAUAAGAAUAACUAGCCUUCUGUUUAGUGCACAACACAUGCUUUUCUGCAGACUUUAGAUGUGCAUGUUCUAUUACCUAGUGAUGCUUGUUCCUUAGUAUUGCUUUUUUUAAUAUGAACCUACUGUAGUUUGGAGAAAAGGUGAACAAGAAAGUUAUGGCGAUGUUUGAGAAAGCUGAUCUGUUAGUUCCUUGUUUUUUCAUUAGACUGAUUAAUCACCUAUGCUUCUUUGCGAUGAAUGGAAUCUUUGCUUUGAAGUCUUAUUGCAUUUUUGGUGUUUCUAGCAUGAGUUUUGAUUAACCUGAAACAUCAUUGAAAUUAAUUUCAGCCAAAUGCUUCGAUGAGGGGUCAUGUUGAUGAAUUUCUAGAUGUCCAUUGAAGAUGCCGGAUGCUUAGAAUAAGCCUGGGAAUAACAACGCCAGGGUCAGUUUUCUUCCCCCAUUCCUUUCAGGUUUCAGAAACCCCAUAUAGUGUUUUAUGUUUGCUCUGUUUGUUGAAUUCAUAUUAUGUAGCCUGCCCGGGAAGUCUAGCAUUUCACAUCCAAGUUGGCAGUGCCUAAAUAGAUAUCUAGACUUUUACAUGAUUAUACCGAUGGAUGCCAACAAGUGAUGAGGCCUCUAACGAUUGAAUUUCAUCAGUUAGUAAUCCUGCAUGCAUUAACAUGCUAAUCAUUGCUCAUUAAGCCUUGUGAACCCAACAUAUUUUGGUAUAUAACUGUCCACUUUUCAGUGUUCUUUUUAUGCAUGGUGGGCGACUUUCAGUGUUCUAACAGAGAUAAAUGGUGUUUUCCUGAUUUCAGCUCCCGUGUAGGCUAAACCAAACGGACUCCAUUCUUGAUAGAAUUUCUCUAUGUUGGCCGUUCUCUAAGGCAAGAGGGGCUAUGCUUCUGUGCUAUUUGGGCAGGCAGGAUUGGGCCGCAAAACAUCAACAGAUGGCUUGCUAUUACUCUAUGAAUCAUGCAGUGGAGUACUUCAAUCUUCGGGCCAUUUCAACUGAAAGACUUGGGUAUUAUCUUCUUCUACCCCCCUCGUUUGUUCCUUGCCUGGCUAAAACUUUCUGUUGUCUUCUUAACUACCAUUGCUUGAGAGCUCUUACUAUACGAUGUCUAGAGAAAUUGUUCCAUUCUAAAGGGUCACGGCUAUGGAAUACUCACUUUAUAGUAUGUAGUUGAUUGAGUUCUUGAUUUGAUGCAUGAAAUUGUGGACUGGGCUGGAAAUUAUGCGCUGAUAUUGUUACGCGCUAGUUUCAGUUUACACUGUUAUUUGAGAUAAAUUGCUUGCUAUGAAACUGGAAAUUUUUCUACCGUGACCCGGACCUUCUUUGUAUGGAAUGCUCUAAAACUGGGCUGCUCCAAAAUUGUCGAAUGAGUUGAUGAACUUGUUUUAUUAUUGCAUUGCAGGCCGGAGGAGCGCCUUUGGGAUCAUGCAGAGAUAUAACUGCAACUAGUACGAGUCCUCCUGACGAGGGUCUGGAACUUUUCCAGGCUCUGUUCCGUCUAGGUUAGGUUAGGGGCUCCAACUUUUUGGCCACCUCGCGUAGUGAAUCUUCCCCUCCUCCGCCUCGUACAGAACGAACGUCUUCCAUUAGUGUUUGUGCCUAGAAUGUACUAGGCGGUUAUAGGGCUCCGAUCUGGAAUUCCUCGUCUGAUCUCCUCGGGAGUGGAAGAACCUGUAAAGUGGGGGGCGGCCCCGGGAUCUACACUCCGACGCCCAAGUUAGUACGAUAUAGGAGAGUGUAUGGUAUGUAGAGAGAUAAAGUAGAGAGAGAAACCUUAGGGGAAAGUGAGGAAGGGAAAGAGAAGAAGAUCCUUAGUUUGGAAGGUUAGGCCUCCUUAUAUAGGGUUUGGGCUUCCUUGAGUGGGCUUGGGCCUAGGACGCCUUGCGGUGGGUUUAGGCCCAUUUAUAGUCGUGUAGGCAUAUUAAUCCAUAUCCCAACAAUUAGGUUCAAUUUCUCCGACACACAGCAGCUGUUCAGAAUCGACGACGACGAUGAUUUCCAUUUCAUCUCAGGUUGUUGCACCAGGUAGCUCGCUCGGGGUCAGCCUCUUGGAUCCAGAAAUUAGGGUUUCGUUUCUUUGUUGAUAACUAGUGCUUCUUCUUUCUCUUCCGCGAUUGGAACAGAGACCUGCUAAUUUCCUCGCAAAAACCGCCGGUGCUGUAGCGGUACAAGCUUGAUGGCGGGAAAUUCUCCCGUAAAACAAUUCCGAGAAUUCUUCCCAUCGGAGAUUAUUUUGGUUUAUCUGUCUGGUUUAGCCCUCUUUGGAACCCUCUGUUCUUCAAUCUCCGCCUUCCGAUCCCCAAUUUUCCUCCAACAGGGUUUUGUCGUUGCGAUGGAGAUCGGCGUAGCUUCCGUGACGGGGAGAAACUUACCGAUCCCGUCGAGCAAUUCCGAAUCCCGUUUCAGCAACUCCGCUGCGGAGCUCACCUUCCCUGAUCGCCUUUCUGUUGUACGAAUCAAAGACCUUGAACACCGUUUUCUGCAGCCCUCGGCUGUGCAUCCCAAUCCCUCAGGGCUCUGCAGUCGGCCCUCCACUAUCAUCGUCGUUUAUCCAGCUGGCGGUACUUCUCACGGGGAAUCCGAUGCCUGGUUAGGUUUCUUCUAAGAUAAGACGGAAGGCUGCUUCGCGCGAAUCGGGAUGAAAAUUUGCGGCCAUGUUUCCAAAAACAGCUCUGUUGUUCAAGUGACGGGGGGGCUUCGUUUUAAAUAAAAACCGGCCAAGGUUUUCCGGAUCCUCGUCGACUGAGAAGCAAACUUUUCCGUUUCUUAGUCGGUCGUUUUUCAAACAUUACUCAUUUAGAUUUAGGUCAUUCCUAUAACCUCUAUCGUGUUCAGUAUUCAUCGUUUGUCUAAAUGUUCCAAAUUCCAGUCAUAAUAUCAUGCGCCACUAAGUCUAGCAACAACCUUCCAUCAUGUAAUGUUGCGCCCGUCAAUUGUCUUCAAUCCACCAUAUAUAAGUACGUUUACGGUCGUUAUCAGUUAUCAUGGUUUCUCAGCAAGCUCAUCAGACACUGCAGAUAACAUCUUGGCAAAAGGUGGAGACAUCAAAUACAAGCUCGAUACAAAUAAUGUACCGAAAGUCUGAAACAGAGCAUUCUUGAAGUUGUCAAAAACCUCAUCUCACACUUACCAUUGAUAUAUAUAUAUAUAUAUAAAACAUAACCUCAUCUCAGCCGAUACAUUCAUCAGUUCAUCAAACUACUUAACUCACUCACAACAACCCAAACACAGCAGUAAAGAGGAGUAGUGUUGAUUAACAAAAGAAGCUGCUACUGCUACUCUUACUCUUGUAUCUACUUCUCUUUACAAUUAUUUUACAACAAUCAUCUAUAUUUUUCAAAUAUUAUAAUUAUCUCUUAGACUCAACUCUUACUAAUUUUUCCUCAGUUUUGAUAAUCGGCUUUAAUAUAUCGGAUUCGUGAGUUUUAUGUAACUAUCUCAUGGUAUGUUUAAGCCGAUUGGUGCUAUUCUAGGGAGAAUUAAUCUGUAAUGGUUGAAAAGCCAUUACCAUUUUGUGUUGGAGUUUUAGUAUGUGUUUAGGUCAAAAGAUAGAUAAAAUGGCAGUAAUGGCUGAAAAGCCAUUACCAUUUUGUGUUGGAGUUUUAGUAUGUGUUUAGGUCAAAAGAUAGAUAAAAUGGCAGCACUGGAACUUCCGAAGCAGGAGAUGACGGAUGGAAUUGGAUCCAUAUUUCUUCCACAACAAGUAAUUGGGCCAAAACUCAAAUUGAUGGGACAGAUAAUUGAGACAAAAGCUUGGGCCAGGGAAUUCUCUUGGCAACUAAAUUUGGGGUGGAAUUUUGGGCCAGGAGAUUAACUGGUGGGGACGGAAUUUACUUGGGGAUUUGCUAUUGAGAAAGGAAGAAAAGCUUUGGACGGAACCAGCUGGAGGGAAAAAAAAAAAAGAAAUUUCUCUGGGCGGCGGCUAUUGGAAGGAGAAGGGUAUUUCUCGGAAUUAGAAGAAAGAGGCACAGGUAGGGAUGGCAAUGGGUCGGGUUUGGGCGGGUUUUGUCAAACCCAAAUCCAAAUCUAUGGGUUUAUCCUUUAAAAAAAUCGGGGUAAAAUCCAUUGGGUUUGAAAAACUCAAACCCAACCCAACCCGCUGGGUAUCCGCGGGUUCAUGGGUACCCGUGGGUUUUUGUGGUAAAAAAUUUACAUGAAAAAUUUCUUUCAAAAUAAAAUUUUAACAUCAAUUUUCUCAUACAAAUUAUUCAUACAAAAAAUACCAAUCUAGAACAUACAAGCAAACCGCAAAUGAUCAAUACUAAUUGUUCAAAAUUAAAGAUAAACAUGUACAAACAACAAGAUUAAUUGAAAUCUUCUUCCUCGUCAAAUAAGUUUCUUCACUCUCCACUCCAUAAUAUCAACUUCAUUCUAAAUAAUUAGAAAGAACAAAUUAUACAUGUCUCC